UAGUUAGUAUGUAGCGUCAAAGUCAAAGGAUAUUGUAUUGUGUUUUGGUUGCUGUGUUGCGGAGUGCGGCGAUGUGUACGACGAUGUAAUUGUGUUUCAGAUCAUAUGUUUUAGCCUCCACUUUUCCAGUAUUCUUACAAAAAAUAUUUGGAUAGAGCUGUUAGUAAAAGCAUUGUCAGUUGAAAUAAAAUAAAAAGAUAAGUCGUGAGAAAGGGUGACACUUCAGGAUGAUGUGUUAGUAGAUGUCCUAUAGUCGGCGGCAUAAUGAAGGGAAGAGACAGUCUAAUGAAGAAGCUGUUGUCGGCACCAAAUAUUCAUGGGGCAGUGUCUAGCUCGGGCUCCACAGCUGCAUUUGUGGAAGGUUUAUACAACGCACAGAGCCCAGCAGUUGAUGCUGCUGAAGAAAAUUGUACCAAAUUAAGCAGAUUUUUAUCGCAGCUUGCGAAAGAAUGUGGAAGAGAAAUCAACAUGGUGAUGUUGGACCACGCAUAUUCAAAACCAGGAGACUGGUCUCCAGAAAACACGUACCUAAAACCUACCAAAAAAUUAUUUAUGUUUAAUUUUUCACCAACUGAGAAUUUCUGGAAAUCAAAAGCUGGUAUUGACAUUGAAGAAGAACCAACUACUCUUACUCCUCCUUACAACAAAGAAAUUACAUCCCGUCUAAUGAGAGAAUGUGAAGCAUUUGUUAAAUCUAUUAGACGUGAAGAUAAAGGUGAUGACUGGGAGGAUAAAAUUGACAAAAGUAAUUGGACAGCACAGCAGAUACGAUUGUUCAGCAAGGCUGUUCGUGCUCUAAAUCAAGAUCGGCUGUCACGGCUUCUGUGUGAGGGAUCACCGUCAGAAGCUGCAAAGCGGCGUAUAGUUGCAGACACAACAGCUCGACGACUGCGACAGUUGCUGGCCAGUGUAAACUGGGAAAUGCGUCUUGUGCAGUGGCUUCACACAACACUUGUAGACACACUUAGCAAUGCAUACCUAGCGGCUUACUUAGAUGCAUUGCAGGCCCUCAAAGCAAAGGUACCAACUCUGACUGAGGGACUUAUUGGAGGAACGUCACGUUCUGGAGUUUCAGAUGCAGUUAAUAUAGUCAUGAAGCACCCUUGGGAUCCUGUUUUUGAAUGUAUAAAUGAGAACAAACCUAGGAGGCUGCCUGGCAAUCCUAUAAUGCUGGUAGUGCCAUCACAUCCUGUUCUUGGUGGUUCCCACAGCCCUAGAAUGAGACAAUGGGAAUCAUACCUUUCGGCACUGGGAACAGUUGUUACUGUUGUUCUCAAGGCAGGCAAUGAAACAGCGAAAGCAAGUCUCUCAACGUGUUUAGACCAAAUGCUCUGUGCAGCUCGCAUGAAGACAGCACAAGUGCGAGCUGAAUAUCCUGGAAAACCUGUCAUCCUUGUUGGUUGGAAUGCUGGAGCUGCAAUUGCAUGUCAGGUGGCACUGUUGGAGCAGGUUCAGGCUGUUGUAUGUAUGGGUUUCUCAGUGCAUACUGUUGAAGGAAAACGUGGUGAGGCAAAUGACACUCUCUUAGAUAUUCGAUGUCCAGUUUUCUUUGUUAUAGGAGAGAAUGCUGCUACAUCACGAUGUGAAGACAUAGAAGAAAUAAGAGAGAAAAUGAGAGUGGAAACAGGAUUGGUGGUGGUUGGAGCUGCUGAUGACCAGCUCAGGAUGUCAAAGUUAACCAAAUUUAGAGCAGGUGUAACACAGACAAUGGUGGACUAUUGCAUAAUGGAUGAAGUAGCUGAAUUUCUAGGAACUUUGUUAAUAACACCAAGGCCACAGUUAAGACCAAUUACCAAUCAUACAGUAACAGCAGCAAGUAGUGUUACAGAAAAUAGUGUAACUAAUAAGCUAGAAGGAAAACGGAAACUACCGUUCACUGAGAUGACUUCUUCAUCAGUCAAGCGUCCCCGUUCUGAUAUCUCACAACAUGCAGCAACCAGCACCCCCAAUCAGCCUGCACCUGGGCUAGAAUCACCACCUAAGUCAUCACUUUCAACACUGCCUACAUAUGUCUCUGUGAGCAAUACAGGCAGUGUGAGAGGAGGUCGUCAGAAAUCACGGGUAAUGGGAUUACAGAAGUUGCAGGGAUCUCAAGAGACAAAAUGGACAAAUCAGAAGGUGGGAUCUGAGCAGGGAAGUGCGACAAAUGGAAUUACAGUGAAUUUAGGAUCACUAGGCAGUUUGGCACCACUAGGUCCUCUAAGGCUAGGGCAUGUGGCUGGCAGUGAUUCGCAGCAGCUGACUGAAACAGAACGGCAGCCUGUGGCACAUGGCCGUGGUACUGGUGGCACAUCACUCACAAUUCAAGGAGGUGUUGUGUCAUCAGGAGGAAUAGGAGUUGCGGAGACUCGUGUAGGUGGAAGGGGAUCUGGAAAGACCAGUGUUAGCCUACAAGGAAAGCAUGCACGCACAGUGGGAGCAGCAACUGGAAAAACUCUACCUGACAAUCAGCUAACAUCAUUGUCAUCUCUACUGCAAGGUGGUGCUGCACGCCUUGUUGUCUCUUCUGCCUCUAGCUUGCUUUUGGGGCAGGCCUCUUCUGCAGUUAGUCUUGUUACAACCACUGCUGGACAACAAGCUAAAGCACAAGGUAGUGGAACACGUGUUCGCACAUCCAGUGGUCGUGUAGUGGACCUGUCAAAACUGACUGUGCUGACUUCUGGGGCAAGCGGUAUAACAUCAACUACAGCCAAGAAUGUACUAGGCACAACAUCAUCAGGCAAUGUUGUCAUGCUAGCUAGCACAAGCAAUGCAAACACUGGUGUAAGAGUCGGAGGACAACAAGUGCUAGUUCCUGUAUCUGGUAAUCAGUCUUUUACUGUGCUGCCCCGACAAAGAUCAUAUGCUGUUGUACCUAAAAUAUCUGUGCCUUCUUUAAAGUUGAGUAAUGAACAACAGUUAAGCCACACUGGAACAAAGUUGCCUGGGUACACUGUGGCACCUACGCAAUUGAGAAACACCCAUCAGCGAGAAGAAUCUUCAGUGCCACCAACAGUUACCUCAAAAGCUCGAGAUGAUGAUGAUACUCUGACACCUGAUAAAAUCCUGGAAUUACCUAUAAUUUUUGCCAAGGAUGGAGAUAAUCUGUUUUUGGAUCCAAAAUCAGAAUCAGCCAUUGCUGACACAGCAGCAGUUUCAAUGAAUUCUUGCACUACUUCUGAUGUAUCAUUGCAACAGAAAGUUACUGUUGGUGACACUAUUUCUUUCCCAUUGGAAGACAGCGAGAGGGAGGGUGCACUUGAGUCUAAAACAUGUAGUUCCGUUGGGAACAUGCCUAAUGUUUACAUAAUUAGGAGUAACAGAGGUAGAGGUCGGGGUAGUCGCAGGUAUGUACCAAAAGCUCAGAGAGUACUUCAGACAACAAAUAAAACCAGUCAUAUAACUGGAAAUCAGAAUCAAGGUGUCAAGUACACAAAAAUAAUUUUAACUAAUAAAAAUUCUCCUCUUAAGAUAGGGGAAAGGGAUGCCCAGGGAAAGGACAUCCAUUCCUUGCAGCAAGGAAUUAGCCGUAUAGACAGUGAUCAGUCAAGUGAUGAAAUAUGUGACAGCCCUUCUAAUCCUAUACAUAGCUGAGAAUAUUGGUAGUCAUAGAUUGCAGUUGAUGCCACAUUUUUUUCCGUUCUGAGUCUCAUCACUGUUUGAAAUAGUUUGGACAAAAGAAAGAUGUUAUAUGGCAAUGGAAGAAUCUAGUCUAUUAAAAUUAAGUUAAUGCACUGUGUUGCUUGUCAAGUACUUCUCAGGUUAUAGGCAGAUAUUUUCAUACAUAAUUCAAACAGUAUCAUUAAACUGACCAUUAUUCCUUUCUUCAUUGCUUCAUUUUCUAUAGUCUUUGAAAUCUUGUAGUUUGUUUGACCAGACAGUCACUCAAAAUGCCACACUGAAGGAGAUAUGAAAAAGAGAGAAAAAAGUGAGCAAAUGGGAAAGAAUUCUAAUAUUGAGACAAGUUAAAAUGAAAACUGAUUAUAUUACUCCAUGAAGUAUUUCAUUGUCACCUGUUGCAGUGUUUUGUUACGAUUUUGAACUUAAGUUUAUUCUCCGUUCCUGUGUCCACAUGUCAUGGUGCUAUCUUUGAUAAGAUGUCAUCCUUUUUUUGUA